AUGUUCGGUAAUCCAGUCCAAGCAGAUAACUGUGCCGAGUGGACUAGCUGGGGACCUUGUAUUUGGCUAAAAGGUUCUCCAAGAUGGAAUCGAUCCUACUUCGACCAGUUAUUACCUGGAAGAACCGGCUGUCGUCAACACGUCUUCUUCAAACUGCUCAAUGAGCGAUGGGGUGUGGUAAGUGUUUAUGACAUUUUUAAUAGAAUAUUGGUUGAGAAGAUGUUAACAAUCCUAUAAAAAACUUACAAUGAGGUUUUAAAAUUUUAGUCAAAAUUUUAGUUUCUUUUUUUUUAAUAUUAAAAUUACCUGAAAAGAAUAAAGAUAGUACUUUUAGGCAUUCAAAAACUUUUACAACUACCUACGUGAUGUUACAGUAAGCGAAAAUCAGUGCGGAGAAUGUUCUUACCAACAGAGUUGUGGGAGACAGUGUCAUAGGAAGUAAGCCAUCUAUAUUAUUAUCAUAAACUGUAAAGUAAGCGUUUCACCUGUGGCGAAUCAGCUAUCUAGGCCUAGCAACUUGUUAGCAUGAAGAAGGUUAGAGGAAUAGAAAAAGAAGCCAAUUAAAAUUUUUUUAAAAAUUUUUUAAAACUUUUUUUUGAACUUUAAUAGUGAGAUGAAGUUUAUAUUGUUUAAAAAAAAUAUUUUCAGAGGAAAUGUGAACUCGAUCAACCCCCUAUUCGUGGCCGAACGUCGUUGUGAAGGUGUCGAUCAGUCGAUGGCUUGUGAGUCGAAACAAGUCAAAGGAACAUGUAGGUUGUGGCCAAAUGAUGACAUACAAUUGCCGAAUGUCACUCAAUCAAUGCAUGAUAUUAUUCAUGGACUCGAGUUUUUGAGUUGUGUUCCAGAAAUUAGGUAAGAUAACUUUGAAACUAUUGAUUUUUCAGUUCUUAAAGUGUAAUUUUGAAUUUUUUAAAACUUACUUUAUUAUCUCGAGAGCUAGAGGUAAAAAAUAUAAAGAGGAGGGUUACUUUUUAAUUUUUGAAAUUUUGUAAAAUACGUUUUUUGUAAACAACGUGUAUAAAAAAUUACCGUAGUAAAUUGUACUGUUACAGUCAGAUAUUUUCAAAUAAUAAAUCUUUUGCAGAGGUUCAGAAUCAUUGUGCAGAUGCUGUUGCCACCCGUUCACACCAAACCCAAUCACAUUCAGAUGUGAAUUGAAACCUCAAUUUUUAGGGUAA